AUACAGUGCGAUUACUCUACGAUUGUCACCGUACAAGCCGCUAAAUGCCGCUUCCACUCGCAAGAGUUUCGUUCCCUCCGUUUUCUACUCACCUUAAAACCCUAAGGAUGUCGAUCACCAGGCGUUCCUCCCGAUCCUGCUCUUUCGACGGCGAAAGCAACAACUCGGAGCCCAAUCCAGGUUCCGAGUCUUCUGCUGAUGUAUCUCGUGAAAGCAGUCGUGUUUAUGUGAGGAGGAAGAAAACUAAAAUGGUUGUUAACGUCGAUGGAGUGAAAAUAAUGGAAGACAUUGCUGGUAGAGAAGUGAGUGGCAUGAUUGACAUUGAAGAUUUUGCUUAUGAUAAGUUCAACCAAUCUGCAACUUCCAGUGAUGUUAAGCAGAUUUCUCUUUUGUCUGCUAAGAAGAGGGAAAAAGUUCACCUAUCCAUCAAACAGAAAGCUAACGUGCCAGCAAAUUGGGAAGAAAUUUUUGAUGGGAUAAUGAAGAUGAGAUCAGCAGGGGAUGCUCCGGUAGACACUAUGGGAUGUGAAAAGGCAGGCAUAUCGUUGCCUCCUAAGGAACGAAGAUUUGCAGUUUUGGUAUCUUCUCUUCUAUCAAGCCAAACGAAAGAUGCAGUAACGAAUGGUGCAAUAAAGCGUCUCUCAGAUAAUGGAUUACUCAAUCCUGGAGCUCUUGUCAAAACUGAUGAAGCUACAAUUUCUAGCUUAAUUUAUCCUGUGGGUUUUUAUUCCCGGAAGGCACAUUACUUGAAAAAAGUUUCAGAGAUUUGUCUAGAAAAGCAUGAGGGAGACAUCCCUUGUUCCUUAAACGAACUGCUUGCACUUCCUGGAAUAGGCCCCAAAAUGGCCCACCUGAUAAUGAAUGUUGGAUGGAACGAUGUUCAAGGGAUAUGUGUGGAUACUCAUGUGCAUCGCAUCUGUAAUCGUCUAGGAUGGGUUUCGCGUAUUGGCACAAUUGAGAAAACCUUGACUCCAGAAGAAACGAGAGUGUCUCUGGAGAAAUGGCUACCAAAGGAUUUAUGGGAUCCAAUUAACCCCCUGCUGAUUUGGUUACGGUGGGAGCAUGGAAUACCUUUUCCUCCCUCUUACUUAUUAGUGGAAUCAUUCUUGUGUCUUCUAUCAGGUUGGAUUUGGACAAACCAUAUGCACUCCUGUCAGACCCCGAUGUGGAACCUGUGGUAUCAACAAGAUCUGCCCUUCUGCUUUCAAGGAACAAGAAAUUCCUAAUGCCAAAGCUAAAAGAUCAAAGAAAUAGGAAACCCUAAUUGUCAGAUUGAAUAUCUUGCAUUUUGUUUAGUGUUCACUACAAGAGUUUCUGUCCUCCAUUGAUCUAUAUUUUGAUGCUUGUUGCAGUUGUACUGGUCUUAAGAUGCUCGUUUGGCCCUUUCAGAUAUACACAUCUGCUUUUGAUAUUGUAUACAAAUUGUACAGGUCUUAAGAUGCUCGGUUGUCAAUGUCU